CAUGCAUCAAACGUCGCCGGCACAAACAAAUGAGAACAAAAAGAAAAAGAAUCCACAUCCCGCUGCGACAUGACAUGAUGCCUCGUGUCCACUAGUCUGACCAGCUCAAGGUGCACCGGCCCCUUGUCCACCCUCGCUCCUUGAGCCUCCCGCUCGCUUCUCCGGCAGUCGUUACCGCGUUCGGGUGCCCCGACCGUGCCUUCUUUCUUCACUGUAAUUCCCUCCAGACUUAAUUCAGUCCCCAACGGCAGACAGAGCCUCCUGCUCCAAGAGCACCUACCCCCACCCACCACACACCCGCAAGGAUGCGAUAGCACCUUUCCGACGCCCAACCAUGUCAACUACGACCCAUCUCUCCAAAAAUGAGACGCUCGGCCUCCUGUCGCUGUUUGCGGCGUGCGUCGCCGUGCUCGCCAACACCUUCAAAGGGGACGGCGAGCCGCUGGUCGCCUCGCUCGCCCUGAGCGGCGUCGCCUUCGCCGCCAGCUACGCCAUGAUCCGCUGGCUGGGCCCGACUUUCAUCAAGGCAGGCAUAAAGGGCGUCGACCUAAGCAAGACGCACAAGAAGGAGAUACCCGAGUGCAUGGGCGCCAUCUGCGCCGUCGUCUACCUGCUCGUCAUCAUCAUCUUCAUCCCCUUCCCCUUCUACAAGGACAUCGUCGCCGCCACCAGCGGCGGCGGCAACCGCGACGUGGUGCUGCACGUCGAGCACGUCCAGGAGGGCCGCUUCCUGCACCGCUUCCCCCACAACAAGCUCGCCUCCUUCCUCUCGGCCGUCAUCUCGCUGCAGUCCAUCACCCUGCUCGGCAUUGGCGACGAUCUGUUCGACAUCCGCUGGCGCCACAAGUUCUUCAUCCCCGCCUUCGCCGCCAUCCCCAUCCUGGUUGUCUACUUUGUUGACUUUGGCGUCACCUCGGUCGUCAUCCCCGUCCCACUGCAGCCAUAUCUUGGCGAGCUUUUCGAUCUGGGCCCGCUCUAUUACCUCUACAUGACGGCCAUCGCCAUCUUCAGCCCAAACAGCAUCAACAUCUUGGCCGGCAUCAAUGGCAUCGAGGUCUCGCAGUCCAUCGUCAUCGCCCUGCUCAUCGCUCUCAACGACUGUCUCUACCUCUUCACCCCCUACCCGCACCCCGCCACCGACAGCCACCUCUUCUCCCUCUACUUCCUCCUCCCCUUCCUCGGCGUCAGCUUCGCCCUCUUAUGCCACAACUGGUACCCGGCCCGCGCCUUUUGCGGCGACACAUACUGCUACUUUGCCGGCAUGGUCUUUGUCGUCGUCAGCGUCCUCGGACACUUCAGCAAGACCCUGCUCCUCCUACUGGCGCCCCAGAUAUUCAACUUCGUCUACUCGGCGCCCCAAAUCUUCGGCCUCGUGCCCUGCCCGCGCCACCGGCUGCCGCGCUUCCACGCCCGCACAGGCCUCAUGGACCCAUCGGUCACGCCCUGGACCCCUGAGCGCCAGCCGCGCGCCCCCAUCGCCGCGGCCCUGCGCCUGCUCGCCCGCUUGCGCCUGGUCCAGCUCACCACCGACGCCGACGGCCGCUUCGUCGAGACGUCCAACCUCACAAUCCUCAACCUCUGGCUGGUCUGGCGCGGCCCCAUGACGGAGCGCCGCCUCGCCACUGAGCUCACUAUCCUACAGGCCGUCGCCGGCCUGGUUGGUCUAUUCGUUCGUCACCGCCUUGCUCUCCUCGUCUUUAAGGAAGACAACUGGGGUGUGGGGGUCUGAGCCCGUGCUCUCUGGGACCGGGUCGACGCACGAACAACGGCAUGACGAUUGACGAACGGUGGGUUCAUCGCCAGUUGUAUGAUAUGAUAGACAACUUUCCCGUUAUGUUUUGUUUCGAUUUCUCUUGGUUCAUUCUCCAUCAUAAUGGUCGGGGGGUUUUUUUUUGCCCAACCUAGCGAUGCUUACCACACUCGGCUACCAGGUACCCGUGACAGUAGACACCCUCGGAGUUUCGUCGCGAUUUGGCCAUGCCUAAUAGAACAGGGAUAGAAAACACCUCGGGAAUAAAAGAGCCGGGAGCAACAAUGCGCCCAAACGGCUGACAGAAUAUAUGCAUACAGGCCCCUGUAGACCAAUAGCAACACGUGGAAAACGAAGG